ACAAAGAAACAAUAGAGGAGGAGGAAGAAGAAGAACUGGGGCGCGCCGGUCCGAUCCUCCAGCCUAUCUGUUUUUUUGUUGAAGCGCAUGCGCAGGACGAAAAGCCGAGUCUGCAAAGGUUUUCAUUUUGUCAGUUGAAGACGAAACGAAAUAUGGACGGCCUGGCGCGAGUGCAGCCCGCUCAGCAAAAAAAGAAGAAGAAAAAGAAUCAGCUCUUCAAUGGAGAUAUAGUGUUCACCAAGCAUGGAAUUAUUCAGACCGUUCCCUCCCUCGCCAAACGGCUGAAAACCGUCACAGAUCCAGUUGUCGGCCUGCAGUAUGUAUGGGAGUAUCGCAGCCCAAGCAAGUUAGUAGCCCCUCAUUACCAGUGUCGACUGUGUAAGGUGCAGCGGCUGCAGAAUGAGAUGGCCGCUCAUAUUACUGGCUGGAGGCAUUGUUUCCAAUACUUGAAACAUGCUCACCCAGACAAAAUGCCUUAUGAAGAAGAGGAAGUGGGAAGGAAUCCAGCGUUCAAAAAGGAAAUGAGAGUGAAUGCCACUGAGGUGGAAAGUGCAGAAGGCAGAGGUCAAAUCAAGGUUAUAACUAGAGAACCUGCUGAUGUGCCAGCCUUUCAGAACAUGAAAUCUGCUUUUCCUGCCGCAGCUGGACCUGGCCCUACAAGUCUGCUUGGACCAAAUUCUGGAGGUUUUCACCAGAGUGGAUCUUUUGGUGGUUUUAUGAACCAACCCUUUACAGACGAUUUCGCACCUCGUGGUGGCAUGAUGUCUGAUUUUCUUGGUGGCUCGAGUGAUGGGCACCUGAGGAGCCCUGAUCGCUAUGGCAAUUCCGGACCAGAUCGAAUGAUGGGAGAACCAGCGAGCAUGCAGUGUUUAUCCAACAGCAGAUCUGUGUACAUGGGCUCUGACGGAUUUGGAAUGGGCUCACGAAGUGAUGACAUGGGCAGACCUUACUCCAACGAUCUGCUGAUGAACAGCAGCGAUCGAAUGAUGAGAUCUAAAAGCCAAGAAUCCAACAACACCCUCGCAACGCUUCUCAGAUGUCUGGACACAUUCCGCAUCGAGUGUGAAGAUGAUGCUCAGAUCGUGCUGAAGAUCACACAGAAGCUCACAGACGUCUUGAUGGAAUACCGUCUCAGGUCUAUCUCUUCGGGACCCAGUAUGAAUUCUUCCCUCAUGCCACUGAGCCCCAACAGAUUCUCCGACAGUAUGUCAGGCUCUUCGAGAUUCUAUAACUGAGCAGCUCAUGUAAUUUUCUUCAUUUCGUUCACUGUUUUAAUGUACCUCUUAGUAUGACCCUUUUUUGUUUAAUCCUUGAAAUUGAAGACUACAUCACUUUUUCCUUGCAGGAUGUUUAAAAUACAUAAGGAUUGUUUUGACUUUGUGAUCAUCCUGAUGUUGGUGCAUUUAGAAGUCUCCAUGUUUUGUAUACUAAUUUCAAUAAAAGGUUGGGAAGAAAAAAACCCCAAACAAUAAAAA